AUGGCGGCGGGGCGGGGGGCCGUUCCGGCUCUCUUUCGGGAGAGGCCUCCCCCCCGUCCCCUCCCCGGCCCGACGGGAACGAGGAUGACCGUCGCGCUAUCCGUCGGGCGCCGACCCGAGCGGACGCGGUCCCCCUCCGACCCGGGAUUCCCCGUCUCCGUUUCGCGGAAGAGGGAGCCGGGGCCCGGAGAGGCGAGGCCCCCCAGCCAACCCCAGCUCUCACCCGAGGAUCGGAACCCACGACCUUCUGACUCCGGGCCCGGGAUCUACCCACGAGGCCGCCGUCGGGGGAGCCUACCGAGCGCCGCGGGGCUCGGCCUAGGGAGGAAGACGAGGGUCCCGGGGGGGAUUAACACUCCCGACAGCGGAGUCCGGGCCGCCUCGACUCGGCCGCCGGGCCCGGGGGUGACCCGGGUCCCGACCCUCCGACCUCCACGGGGGUCUGUCUCUCCCACUCCCCCCGGGCACCGCUCGGUACGCAGCCCGGCCUCGGGCCUUCCCGUCCGGAUCCCGGAGCCCGCUUCCCGCCUGUGGCGUUUACACGUGUUUCCGGGCGACGAGGCAGGAGGUCGCCCCGACGUUCAGGCGAUCGCGGAUUUAUCCCGGAUAAAUCCAGGAGGGGACGGGAACGGGGCCGGCGGCGGGUCGAUGUUUUUCCAACUCCUCCUUGGGUCCCACGUUCCCUCGGCGUUCCGAGCGCGAUCGCGUGGCCCAGCCGGCUUCGAGGCUGACGUUCCCCCCCGCCGCCGAGGCCCUGAACCCCGAGCGGUGUAUUUGUUCUCCCCUUCCCGGAUUAUCGGGGGGUCCCGUCAGGUGGAAGGAGCGGGGAACGGCGCUGCUGACCGGCGUCGGGCCCGGAGGAGAGAGGAGGCGACCGGUCCCUCGCCUUAUCGGAGGGGCCGGGGCGGCUGCGGCGACCUCCCCCGGGAGAGGGUCUCGGCGGGUUUCCGGGGGGUCGGCCCGGCUGUUCCAAUUCCCCCGGUUCUCCCGGUCCCUCUUUCUCCCCGGGCUUCUUCCGGAUGUUUCAUCUGGGCGGGCGGGCGAGGGACAAAGAGACAAGUGAUAACAGGGUCCCCUGACCUCCACCAAGUCAGCGUCGGACUAAUUAUUGCCAGGAACCGUGCGGCGGCGUCCCCGUGGUUCUGCCCCCGGCCCCUCCCCUCGGGCGCGGAUUGGCGGUCCCCCGCCCCGCCCCCGGCCGCGGAUUGGCCCCCGGUCACGUGGCCCGCCGGGGGGGGGGCGGGGCCCCGCGGGGGUGACCACUGGCCCGCCCGGGCCCCGGGCCCCGCAUUCGCGGGACCCCCGGGACCCCGCCACUGUCGCCCCCGCCGCUGCCCUCACACAGCCCCCAAAUCCCACACACCCCCGGGACCCCCACCAGCGGUGACCCCUGACCCCUGCCCAGACACCCUGGGGCCCCCCAACUCCAGCCCCCAAAUCCCACACACCCCCGGGACCCCCAUCAUUGGUGACCCCGACCCCUGUCCAGACACCCUGGGCCCCCACAAACCCAUCCCCCAAACCCCGCACGCUCGCGGGACCCCCACCAGCAGUGACCCCUGA